CCUAUAACAGUCCCGUGAGGCAGCGCCGGCCCCACAGCCGGCCCGAGCCUGCGACAGCAUGGGGGAGCUACUGGGCCUGUGCGUGCUCGCUGCGCUGCUGGGCACAGGGGGCGCCAUCUCCUGCUAUAACUGCACCAGCUCGGAGGGCUACAACUGCACCACGAACCAGGCCACCUGCACCAGCGCCGUCAACAGCUGCAUCACCAUCGCCCGCGACGAGGAGCAGGGGGACGAGGACAAGGAGAAGACGGUGUAUGAGAAGAAAUGCAACUCGGACGACCGGCUCUGUAACCAGUUCUACGGGCUGACGGCCGGCGCCUACCGUCUGCGCUGGAACUCGACUUGCUGCCGGGCGGACAGCUGCAACGUGCCCGAGAUCACCCUGCAGCCCAGCUCCGGGGUGCCCAACGGGCUGCGCUGCCGGUCGUGCUUUGCCCGCGGCUCGGACGUCUGCGUGCCCACCGAGGUGCUGAACUGCACGGGCCUGCAGACCCGCUGCAUCCAAUUUGCCGCCACCGCCGGCGCAGGGUUCGAGGGUCUCCGCGUGGCCUUCAUGGGCUGUGCCACCCGCAGCCUGUGUGACGUGGGCGCCGUGGCCCUGUUUGCCUCCCAGAGCCAGGCCGUGCUCAAGACCAACCUGUGCAGCGCGGCGGGGGCGGCCCGGGGGGGGCUGCCCCUGCUCAGCCUGGGGGGGCUGCUCCUCUGGGCGCUGCGCCCCUGAUUGCAUCAUCCCCCCUCUGCAGCACCCCCCUUUGGCGGGGAGCCCCCCCCCCCGAUCGCACUUUCCCCCCUAUAGGGCUGGGAACUAGCUCCUUCCCUGGUAGUCACUGCCUCCCGGUUAUCCUCCCCCCAGCCCAGCACCCCCCCAAAGCUGGGCAUUGCCCCCUUAAAUGCCACCUGCUACGCCCCCCCCCCCCCCGCCCCAUCACUCCUCCCCCGACACAGUACUUCCCACAGCCCAAUUCCUUGUCCUCUUCCCUGGGUUGGGUGGGAGCCGGCGCCCCCUAGAGGGGACAGGCCCCUGCCCCAUUCCCCACCCCCUGAGCCAGCCAGUCCCUGCCCUGGGGCCGGAUGGGAGCCGGCGCCCCCCAGAGGGGACAGGCCCCUGCCCCAUUCCCCACCCCCUGAGCCAGCCAGUCCCUGCCCUGGGGCCGGAUGGGAGCCGGCACCCCCUGGAGGGGACAGGCCCCGUGUCUGUUUGCUGGUCGUGAUUGCCAAACCCAGGGCUUGCAGGAGUUUCUUUCCCACCUGAGAUCUGGGAUCCGGGUUGAUUUUCCGGUUUCAUUCAAGUCUCACCAACUCGGCUCACACGACGGGAACGGCCAGUUUGGGUCAAAAAUGCCGUUGCAGAGUUUUAUAUAAUAAAGUUGCAAAUACGCACAA